ACUCGUCAACGCUGCUUUACCAGUCUGUCAGAAGGAGAGCUUCACCCCGGCCGUAGGGAUUAUACGCGGUUGUUUAUUUUGUACCUUUCGGGGAUCGGAAACCUUCCGAACAUGGUGGUGGUAGCGACAGCAGGGAGCGGGGGCGCCCACAAACUGCUCCUGAUCUCCGGGAAGCAGAGCGGCGGCUCGUCGACGGCGAGCUUCGGCCGCCCCAUCUCGGUCGUCCUGCCGUCCGCCUCCAGCCAGGCGUCGUCCGACUCCGAGUCCAGCGGCUCGGCGGGGCCGCCGGUGCGCAAAAGGCAGCGGCUCACACAUUUGAGCCCCGAGGAGAAAGCCUUAAGAAGGAAACUGAAAAACAGAGUUGCAGCCCAGACUGCUCGAGACAGGAAAAAAGCCAAAAUGGGUGAACUGGAACAGCAGGUCCUCGAGUUGGAACUAGAGAACCAAAAACUUCAUAUAGAGAACCGGCUCCUCCGGGAAAAAAACAGUGGACUGCUGAUAGAAAAUGACGAACUGAAGGAAAGAUUGGGGUUGCACACCCUUGACACAAAGGAGAAGGUUCAGGUGAUGGUGUCUGGUGGGAAUGAAGCAGGUUUGGGAAUCGGGUCUUCUGAGUCCGCAGCACUCAGGCUACGUGUGUCUGCAGCAGGUGCAGACCCAGAAAUUCCAAAACCUGAAGACUUCUCAAUGGAUACAGAUGGUCCUGAUGCUGCAGAUAAUGAGUCUGAUCUGCUCUUGGGCAUUCUGGACAUCCUUGACCCGGAGCUAUUCCUUAAGUCUUGCGAGCAGGAGUGCAAGGAGCCACCGGUGCUUCUGGUCGACAGAGGGGACCCAAUACCUGCCGCCGCCCCUGGACCUCUGGGGACCCCAUCAAUUAAGCUGGAGGCCCUUAAUGGACUGAUCCACUUGGAUCACAUUUACACCAAGCCAGCAGAGGUGGCAAUGGAAGACAGCGAGGAGAGCAGCAGCAGUGACGACGACGACAGCGUGAUGGCUUCCUUCCCUGUCGCCGAGGUGGUGGACGAGGAGGAUCUCUCCGUGAAAGAUGAGCCGGAGGAAGUGGUCAUCCCCACAAAGAUGGAUGACUUCCUCUGCAUAGCGGUCGCCUCCUCCUCUUCCUCCUCCACUUCGCCCGCCAUCAGCGGCCUGGACAAGGACGCCUGCCUGCCGGACAACUACAGCGACUCUGGAUACGAGGGCUCACCAUCCCCCUUCAGCGAUAUGUCCUCCUCGCUGUGCAGCGAGAACCCCUGGGACGACAUGUUUGCCAGCGAACUCUUCCCCCAGCUCAUAAGUGUCUGAACAAGCUCACAUCUUGAGUUAUAUGAGAGAGAGAGAUGUAUAUAUUCACAUACGGAAGCUGUAGUGUGGUUGCUCCAAUGCUGGCUCAGCACAAGAGCUCCUUUUCACUUUACAGCAGGUCUGUAGUGCUCACCAUGUCGCAAUGGCUCAUGGGAGAUGCUGUUCGCUUCAAGAAUGUUAAUACAGUAUUGAAAAAGGGGAAAGGGAGAAGAGAGAGGGGGUGUCAUUUAAAUUAGAAAUAUUUAUUUGUGUAUUCUGCUCCUGGGUCGCUGUAUGCAAACAAGCUUCUUAAUGUUGGCUGCUCUCCUUGUUGUCUUAAUUACUGCAUUAAAAAAAACUUUUUGCAUUGCA